GCAGCCACCGCCAGGAUAAAGCGGGCUGUGCCCCGGGCCGCCCCGCUCGGCCGCGCUCCGUGCCGGGGUCUCGGGCCGCCCGUUGCGAUUCGAAGCGGGCAGCGCCGGGGCCGCCAUGGAGCCCGCGGUAGCGCUGCAGCCCGCGGUGGCCGUGAGGCGGCGGAGCAGCAGAGGUGCUACAGCAGCCCAGAUCAGUUACAGCACAGAAACGGAACUGAAAACGACCCUGAUAGAGCUGCUUAUCUACAUCACGUUCCUCACCACCCUCAGCACCAUUACCUUCGGCAUGGUGAGCACCAACAUGUAUUACUUGAAUAAAGUGAUGGUGGAUCUCUUUGUGGAAUCCGAAAGCAACGGGAUUAAUUUCCACGGUAUCAGGAGCCACGCUGAUUUCUGGAAAUACGCAGAGGGACCGCUCUUGGAUGGUCUCUAUUGGAGCUCGUGGUACACCAACAGAACAACGGGCCAGAUAAACACCAGCCACAUUUUCUAUGAGAAUUUACUGUUAGGAGUAGCCCAGAUUCGCCAGCUGAAAGUACGCAACAACAGCUGCCCUAUCUACCCGUAUAUCCAGCCCUUAGAGAACUGCUACUCCCGAUACACUUACCGAGCUGAAGACAAGUCCGACUUUGGUCUGAAGAACGAAUCUGAAUGGAGAUAUGUUUCUGCCCCCUCUUUCUCCCCAUGGUACUGGGGAUCUGUGGGGUUUUACAGAAGUGGAGGGUUUAUAGUCACCUUACCGAAAUCAAAGCAGGAGGGCAUGGAGAAGCUGGAAUUUCUCAGGAAGAAUGGUUGGAUCACUCAGGGAACCAGGGCUGUAUUUAUUGACUUCUCGACAUUUAAUGCAAACAUAAACCUCUUCUGUAUAGUCAGGUUGGUGGUGGAGUUCCCUGCCACUGGGGGUGCUCUCACCUCCUCUCAGAUUCGCUCCGUGAAGCUCCUCAGAUACGUCUCCUAUUAUGAUUACUUCUUGGCUUCUUGUGAAGUUGCCUUUUGCCUCUUCAUUGUUACAUUCAUAAUCCAGGAAGUAAUAGAAGUAAAAAGACUGAAAAUGGAAUAUUUCAGAAGUGCCUGGAACUGGCUGGAUAUGCUGUUGAUAGCGGUUUCCAUCCUUGCCAUUUGCUUCAAUAUCUACCGCAGUACAGAAGUGUCCUUGCUAAUGGAAGAGCUCCUUUCUAAUGCCCAUGUUUAUCCAGACUUCCAUUUCCUUGCGUUCUGGCAAGUCAUUUAUGACAACAUGAUUGCUGUCAAUGUCUUCUUUGCUUGGAUAAAGAUAUUUAAAUAUGUAACCUUUAGCAAAACCAUGACGCAACUGGCCUCCACUUUGUCUCGCUGUGCCAAGGACAUCAUUGGAUUUGCCAUCAUGUUCUUCAUCAUUUUCUUUGCCUAUGCACAGUUCAGCUACCUAGUGUUCGGGUCGCAAGUUAAUGACUUUUCUACUAUUCAAAACUGCAUUUUCUCACAGUUUCGCAUCGUGCUGGGAGAUUUCAAUUUUGAAAGCCUAGAAGUAAACAGCAUCCUUGGACCUAUUUACUACAUCUCAUUCGUGUUCUUUGUGUUCUUCGUCUUGCUGAACAUGUUUUUGGCUAUUAUAAAUGACACCUAUUCAGAAGUCAAAGCAGACUUUGCAGUGAUUCCCAAACAAGAACUUCACAUCAUAGACCUCUUCAGACAGAGCUACAAUGACGUCCUUGUCAAGCUCAAACUGAGGAAACCACAUCCAGAUCCAGAUCCAGGAGAUGAGAACCUGGAAAGCAAGGAAUUUCCAUCCACUAAAAGAAAGGAUAUUUCCAAGCCUUCUAAAGGAGGCAGCACUCGUGAAAAGACGCAUCCGAAGCCACCAAAGUUACAGAAAGGGAAAGAGAGUCUUCAUCACUCUGACUCAGUCGUUGCUUCUCAGAGCUCCAUCUCCCGUGAAGAAUUUCAGCAGCUCCUCAGACAAACAUCUGAGUUGGAGAAGGAAUUAAACAAUGCUAAUGUAAAACUCAGUAGGAUUAAGAGAAGCAUGCGACAGCUGAAGGACGCUCCAGGCAAGACAGCACAGUAAAAUGGAUGAGCUCAUCUGGUAACAGAGAGGGCCUUAUUCUUCAGCUGAAAUCCAAGGUCAAGAAAGAACAGUUCUUCCCCUACACCUUUCACAUUUUAUGUGUGUUUAUAUGUGUGUAUAAAAGAAGUAGAGCUGUUACUAAAGGUAUGCUAAUGUUACUUCACAGUCUGAUCUGUGUUUCAGAUAGUUCAACCUUGCUCUCACCAGAGCCCUGGGUAGACAUCCCUAGACAUUUCUUAAUCAGCUGCCUCAUUUGGAGCUGCUAUCAGCCAUUGAUACAAGCUGGCAGCUCCAGUGACCACGAGAGCUGACAGCAAGCUGCCUGGGCCUGCUUUGUCCACCUCUCUCACUCUCUGGCUACCUGGCCCAACCCAAUCCUCAAUUGCCAAGUAGCAGUCCAGCACAUGGCUCAUUAACCCUGACUUCCCAAGACCACUUUCUUCAGCUAAUGCACCUGCUGGCAGUGGCAAUGCUUAUCUCACAGCAGUUCUACUUUCAGGCACCUAUUGCUUCCACCACCACCGCCGCCUCCUCCAAAGCAAAUUUAUUCUUUCAGGAAAAAAAAAAAAAGUCUUAAUGGCUGGAACCACUAGAGGGCAUUUUGUUUCUAACCUGAAUUCUUAGAAAAAAAAAAUCUCUUUUUAUUCCAUUUAUACCCAUUGCCUUAGAGACAAGGUGUUACCUUCAGGCCAGACACGAUCUACUCACAUGUAGCCAUUAAUUUUUGUUUUUUGCACAGAUUCAGCCACAGGAAGAAACAAAACAGAAUAAAAUGCAUACAAACACUGUC